AUGCUGCUGAAGGGACCAGACGAGCUGAGCUCGUUACUUGGCGUACUCUUCCGAUUUCGUCUGUACGCAGUGGCGGCGUGUGCAGACGUGAAGGAGAUGUUUUUGCAGAUUAUGAUACGAAAGGAAGACAAACAUGCGCAGCGUUUCUUGUGGCGUUACGAACCAACGGACGAGUUGGAAACCUACAUCGUGGAUGUUGUAAUGUUCGGGUCUGCGUGUUCACCCGCAACGGCGCAGUAUGUCAAGAACCGAAACGCACGAGAGCACAUGGAACAAUUCCCACAAGCGGUGGAGGGAAUUAUUGAAAGCACUUACGUAGAUGACUUUCUAGACAGCUUCGAGACGGAAGAAGAAGCAUGUCAGGUAUCCCAUGACAUCCUGAUACAAGAUCUUUGGCGAACUGGCACGCAGUGGGACGAAGAGAUUAACGACACACAGGUGAGACAUUGGCGUAGAUGGAUUGAUCUGCUUCCGGUAAUAGCAGACCUACGCAUUCCAGGCAGUUACUUUGCGGCAGCAUCGAGGAAGAUGUACGAGAAUGGCGAAUGGCAUUUGUUUGUCGAUGCAAUGUACACUCAUCGGGGGAAAGCUAAGGUGGCGCCACUGAAGCCACUUACUAUUCCGAAGCUUGAGCUUCAGGCUUGCGCGUUGGGAGCGAGAUUUUUACGCUACACGCAGGAGCAUCAUCCGAUUAAUGUGAGACGACGAGUGCUAUGGUCGGACAGCACAGUUGCGCUGUCGUGGAUAAGGUCGGAUCCAAGAAACUACAAACCCUUCGUGGCUCAUAGGGUGGUCGAAAUACUGAAGAGCACAUCGGCUGACGAGUGGAGAUGGAUGCCUACUGACCACAACCCGGCAGAUGAGGCCACGAAGUGGAAGGGAAAGCCGAAUUUCGACUUUGGUGGCAACUGGUUUCAAGGGCCAGAGUUCUUACUCCAUGGGGAGGAUGAUUGGCCAUCACAGAGGCACAACAGCGACAACCCGUCAGAAGAAAUACGACAGGUAAAUCUUCACGUGGAGGACUCUAACACCGGACUAUUACCUAUCCGGUAUGAACGGUUCAGUCGAUUGGAGAGGCUACAAAGGAUGAUUGGCUGGGUUGUCAGGUAUGUAGGCAAUCUGAGACGAAAGUAUCGUGGCGAACCUAUUCUAGGAGGAGUUCUACGACAAGAAGAACUCUAUGAAGCGGAUAAGAUUCUGUGGAGGCAGACACAACUCGAGUACUAUCCGGAAGAAGUUCGCAUUCUGAGUUUGGACGAUAACAAUGGAAAACCUGGAGGAAGAACGGUAUCGAAGCAAAGCCACAUUUACCAUCUAUUGCCGUUUGUGGACGAUGAAGGCGUAUUGCGAAUGCGAGGGAGGAUAGGUGCAUCGGUGGAUGUUCCUUAUUCUGCUAAGUAUCCCGUUAUACUGCCGAGGGGUUCCCGACUGGCUGAGUUGAUGAUAGAGCGGUAUCAUCGAUUGUAUCGUCAUGCGAACAACGAAACAGUGACGAAUGAGUUGCGGCAACAAUUUCAGAUCCCGAAGCUGAGAGCGUUGGUAACGAAAACGGUGAAGAACUGUGUCUUUUGUAAGAUCAGGCGGUCACUACCACAAGUGCUGCCAAUGGCGCCGUUACCAAAGAAGAGGCUCACGCCCUUUGUUAGGCCAUUCAGCUACGUCGGGCUAGAUUACUUUGGACCAGUGUUGGUCAAGAGAGGAAGAUCGAACGAGAAGCGUUGGAUCGCUUUAUUCACGUGUCUGACUGUGCGCGCGAUUCACUUGGAGGUGGUGCACAGUCUAUCGACGGAAUCGUGCGUUUUGGCGGUUAGACGAUUUGUGGCUAGAAGAGGUGCACCGGUAGAAAUCUUCAGCGACAACGGGACCAAUUUCUUGAGUGCUAGCAGGCAGCUGCGGAGGGAGAUCGAGGAGCGCAAUGAAACUCUGGCGGCGAUUUUCACGAAUGCGCUCACCCGUUGGACCUUCAACCCGCCUGGCGCUCCACACAUGGGCGGCGUGUGGGAGCGUAUGGUACGCUCCUUAAAAGCGGCGAUUAGCACGGUGAUACAGGCACGCACCCGACGACGAGACGUUUGA